AUGAGAAAAGUUAAAGAACCCAAUAAUUUUCAAGCGGACGAGACUUUAUCAGUUGUUUGGCAUCACCAAAAUAUCCCGUUGCAAAACAAUAGUUACGACUGUGGCGUUUUUGUUUGUUUUUAUGCUGAACAAUUAUCAAUGCUAAAAACAAUUGAAAAAGUAAACACUGUAAACAUGAACGGAUUUCGGACACAGAUGCUCCGGAAUAUUUUAGAGAGCUAUGAACAAUUAUCAACAUUGGAAAAUGCGGAAAAUGGACAAAUUUCAAAGGAAAUAACUGAUCAACGUUCGACUUCAUUGAGUGACGUAUACUUGUACCAGUCAGCUCACUAUCAUCAGGGUAGCCUACAUCUAUUUCACCACCAACAAGCAGGGUUGCAAUGUACUGCAAUUGCAACAUAUGCGAUUGCCGCGUUACCAAAUCAUCUGUCAUCUAUUACCAUGAAAGAUUUGGACGACAUACUCAUUGGUGGUGAUCAAUAUUACUUACAGUGUAGGGCGGUCGCAAAUAUGGACAUGCUCAAUAUAGAUGAAUUAUUACCAACAUUUUUGGUUAAAAAUAAGCUAAUAGUAAUUAGUGAGAAGAAAGAUGUGUCCUAUGGAUCAUUACUGGACGAGAAUCCAUUGACCUGUUUAAAUGACAGCAUUGUAGAAAAAAUAGAGACCAAACAGCCAACCAUUAAGAAUGAUUGUGGGUAUUUGUUUAUAACCCAAGGAAAGACCGUUGCGUUUAAACACCUCUAUUUGCCGCAUUCAGGUGGCCAUGAGUUUUUUUUAUUUAACUCUCACGCUGUUGAUAAUAAUAACUGCUUACCGGAAGACGACAGUGAUGGAAAAGCUCGACUUUUCCGGUGCUGUGGGUCUUUGGCGUUAGCGAAGGCGUUGUUAGCAGGAACAAAUUUGAAUUGUGACGAGAAUUAUAAUCUUUGGGGACUGUACAAAAUAACAUUUUUAAGAUCUCCAAACUGA